GAGUAAUGGAAAGGACGUAAUAAAUUUACAAUAUUAAAUAUAUUUGGAAACCUAAACAUUUCUACUUGGAAAACGUAACUUUCUAGAGGAAACGUAAAUAGCAAUCGCGCUGCCUCUGUCUCUGGGUCUUUGUGUUAUAGUUACUUGGAAAGGUGACUUUGUUGCAGAUAGCAGCACCCGUACCAAGCAUCGCAAGUCAUCGAAGUUUAUCUGUGGCACAGAAUGUAAGGAAGCUCGCUCAAGCGAUCCCCAACAACCGGUUCAAGAUGUCAGGAAGAACAUGUUGAAAUCCAGGCCAUUUCGAAACACACUCGGAGUUGUGUUCUCAAGCAAAUGUUGGAAGAGCUACGUGUUAUGAAAAAAGAAAGCAUGGAUGCGAUUGAAGAAAUCGAGGCAUGGCCGGUGAAAAGAGAAGCAGAGGUUGAGGAAGAACUUCAGGGUGGAUUGGCAAGACAUGAUUUGGAGCGUGAAGAGAUUGCAGUAGGCUGUAAGAAAGGGAAAGGGAAACAACAGGCCCCAGUCAUUGCUGCCGGGCAUGGAAGAAAAACCUAUCAUGCAGCUAUUUACCGCGCGUCAUUUCAACCCUCUGCAACCCGAAGAACUAAAUCUUAUUCGGGGUAAGGCAAACAAAACGGAAAGGCAGCCGCCGUUGCAAUGAGCAAUGAUGGCAGAAGAAUGAUGCGUGAAGUUAAGGAGAAAGCCUCUAUAUCUGGAACUGCUGGUAAUGGUGAAAGGCGAACCCGGCAAAGAAAGGAUCAUGGAGCAACCAACACUUCAAGGAAUGGAGGAGCUGAAACAUAUUUGGAGAAGGUGAACGGGAAGGCAAAAGUUGUUGGAAACAGUGUGGAAAAGUCGGCCAUGAAGCAAAAAGACAAAGCCAAAGUCAAAGUUUCCUGCAAGGGUGUCAAUCGUUCUAAUUUUGUUAGGAAAUCCAUUGCAGAAAUAUUGGCUGUCAAAGAGCAAUGCUGGACCAGGGUCGUUGACAAUCCUCUUAAGCUGAGAAACAAUGUGCUGCAUAUUCCAAGAGAUGUGAUUCGUGCAUGUAUAUCUGGUAAGAUUCCAAGAAUUACCUUGAUUGAUCGCAACACUGAUGUUCCGUACUACUGCGAGAUGAUCAAGAGGGCAGACACUGUGGAUAGGUAUUUAUACGGUGGAUGGUCUGACUUUUGUAAAGACCGCAACCUACAGAAGGGAGACACAUUGCGGUUCUGCAUUAGAUAUCCUCCGGUGGAUUCGAUCUUGGUGACCUUAGAGCGUGGAAAAGCAGAGUGAAAGACCUGUUAAGUGAUAUGACGUGUGGUGUGUCAUAGCUAAAUUAUUAAUCUACAAUUAUGAAUGUGUUAUUUAUAAAUUUUCUGGACUGAUGUCGCAAUGUUUUGGUAGUUAGCUUUGUUGGGCAUCCCUUUCAGUUUGAAAUCCUGGUUAUUUUGUUGUAUUGACUUGCUUAAUCAAAUGGUUUGUAACAAAUUCUGUCAAUGGCAGAAUGAGUUAUUAUGUUUUUGGUUACAUGUUUGCAAUC